AUGGCUCCUCCACUGGCGGAGCAGGACUGCUUGCCCCGGGGCUCGGGGAGAGGCUGCCUUUCGGGCGACAGCGAAGCGACGCCUUCCCCGCAGUUUUCUCUGGAAAAUCCUCACCUUUUGACGGCAGUGUGUCAGGUACUAAAGCGCAUCGACAAACAAGGCACGGGGUUGACGACUGCGGAGAGAUUCAACGCAGCUUUGUCGGACAUGGGAGUGAAGUACGGGACUCCAGAGGCGGAUAUGAUUAUGCGCUACUGCCAGGUGACCGACGACGGCUACGUGAUUUUCAAAGAGUUGAUGCUGGCGACUCGGCCUUUCCCGAACGUUUUCGAAGACCACAUCACAGAGAGUCUGGCCUCAGCCACGAACCGUGAACAGGAUCGGCUGGUUCCGCUUCCGCGCCUCGCUUCCUGCCAGCGAGACGUCGCGCGCGACGGCGACGAUUCGCUUGGUGUUGACUCCGAGCAGAUGGGAGACGACGACCACGGUGUAUAUACACCCGAGCUGACUGACGCGAUCCGCCGACUCUAUGCGCAGUGGGAUCGGUCCUGUUUGCGCGACUGGCAGUUCAAGGAGGCCAUUCAGCGCCUGGGGGUCUGCGUGACGCCCGAGUUCGAGAGACUGAUUUCGACCUACGGCCCGAGCGGCAGCGUCGCCUUCUCGCAGGUCAUGCAGACGUUGAUGAUGGGCGACAGCGGCUUUCUCGCCUCUUGUUCCCUGAGACGGUCCCGAAGUCGCCAUCCCGGAGACAUUCCCCUGCCUCCCGUGGCGGACCGCAUCCCGUUUUACGAACCGAGGAGAAACCCAGUGACCUGGUCGCCGCCGCAGCCGCUUCGCGGCGUGCCUGUCAAUCCGCAAGACGUCCGACACCUUGCGCUCAACUUGCCUUUGGCGGCGGGGCUGCAGGGACGGAGCAGCAGCGAGAGAGGAGCGGCUGCCACGGACGGGGAGGACGCUUCUUCGCUCCCCGAGAAAUUCCAUUUUCUGAAGAAACUGGUGGCCCUCUAUCUGGCCGACCGGCUGUCAGCUACGCAGUUGAGGAAAGAAUUGGUUGAGGUGGAUGUCCCGAUCACGCAGGAGCUCGACGCGCUGAUCCGAGCCCACGAAGCAGACAACAGCGGUCAGUUCACUCCGUUUGCUGUCGCGGUUUUCCGGGCUGCAGAAGAGAGUGAAAUCUAUCGGAAGGAAAUGAGAAAGGUUUCCGCAGGCGCGGACGCAGAGGCGCACGCAGCUCGGGAGACGCCGUACGUCGUGGUAGACAAACUCACGCAGGUAGGCGAGCUCGCGCACCGAGUCGCCGAGACCAUUCCCACGCAAAUCGACGAGGGAGAUAUCGAAGCCUCUGCGCAAGAAUUGCGCGAAGCAGGAGUAAAGUAUCCUUCGGAAACGGAGAUGUACACCCGAGAGACGGCCAGCAAAUUCGAAGAUGACCCUAAAGGGAUCUAUGUGCCUUCGGACUACGGGGCUGCACAGCACGCGACCCUCGCCCUAGCCAACCGAGCAACCGCGCACCACGCAUAUUACGGCCACGGAAAUAUUAUCACCUGGGGGAAAACGUAUUGA